AUGGCUCCCGUCCCCGCCACCAUGAAGGCCGUCUCCAUUGCCAAGAAUGGCGGCCCCGAGGUGCUCCAGUACACCGACGUGCCCGUGCCGCAGCCGCAGCCCGACGAGAUCCUCGUGCGCAACCGCAUGGCCGGCGUCAACUUCAUCGACACCUACUUCCGCUCUGGCCAGUACCCGUCGCCGGCCUUUCCGCGCAUCCUCGGGCAAGACGGCGCCGGUGAAGUCGUCGCUGUCGGGUCCGCCGUCGCCGUGCCACACGCCGUCGGCAGCACCGUCGUCUACAUGAACGGCACCGGCACGUACGCCGAGUACUCCACCGUCAAGGCCACGUCCGCCAUCGCCGUGCCCGCAGGUGUCACCGUCGAGGACGCCGUCGCCGUCUACCUCCAGGGCCUCACGGCAUGGACCUUUAUCCGCCGCGCGGGGCUCACCCAGGCCGGCGAGUGGGCGUUUGUGCACGCGGCUGCCGGCGGCGUCGGCUCGCUGCUCGUGCAGCUGCUCAAGGGACUCGGCGCCAAGGUCAUUGCCACGGCAAGCUCCGAGGAGAAGCUCAAGAUUGUCAAGGAUCUCGGCGCCGACCACGUCAUCAACUCCAAUGACGACUGGGUCGCCAAGGUCAAUGAGAUUACCGGCGGCCACGGCGCCGACAGCAUCUACGACGGCGUUGGCAAGGCCACUUUCCACAAGGACCUGGAGAUUAUUGCUGUGGGAGGCAGCUUAGUGAUGCUUGGAAAUGCCUCGGGCAACGUUGAGCCUUUUGAUAUUCGAUCUACGCUCGGCCCAAAAAACGUCAGACUCUCCCGCCCCAUUGUCUUUGCAUACAUCAAGGAACAUGAAGCUCUGGAAAAGUACGCUGGUGAGGUGUUUGAGUUUGUUCGCUCCGGUAAGCUGAAGGUGCUCCAGCACGGCACGUAUGACCUCAAGGACGUGGCCAAGGCGCACGCAGACAUUGAGAGCCGAAAGACGGUCGGCAAGCUUCUGAUUAAGAUCAGCUAG